GGGGAAUACUGAAAGCUCAGAAAAUUCUGAUUCUCACACUAUGGAAGAAAACAAAGGCUCCAAACUCAAUACAAAAAAGAGACCUAAAGGAAAGAAAAGGUGGUUAGGAUUCAAACCACGUUCGAAGCUGCUAUCUGCCAAGAGUGACACUGAUGUAAGAGAAAAAAAGUGCAUUUCAAUUGUUAGAAAUCCAUCUAUGAUUUCUCCGUCUAAAAUCGCAACCAUCAAACGGCGUUAUCCAGCUGAUCCACUUCCGAUUCCAAAACAUAGCAUUUCUGCCGGAAACUUAUGUGACGUUGGAAUUGUAAAUUCUGAUCGUCGUUUUAAAGAAUUUCAAUGUAAUAUAGAUUGCCGACCUGCAAUGCCAUUACCUAGAAAUGACCAUACUCAGAAGUACACCGAAAGUAAGACAUUACCAAGAAAUCCUCCUCGACCCCCACCAAUACCGCCGAGAGUUCCAAUCCCGCCAACCUCUUACCAAACACGUGCUGAUAUUGAUUCAGAAAAUAGGUAUAGUAGUAGUACAGAUAGUUAUGAAGUCAUGUCUGCUAAAGGCAAUGCAGACUUGGAUAACGAUACUGAUUUGGAGGAUACUUACAUGGCUGCCGAGAAUUACGCCUACCCAGUAGGGGGGUAUUGCCUUAACCCAGGACGUUUCUGUUGGGCACACAAAUAUGGUAGUGGGAUGCAUGAUGUCAAAACCACACCCAGCAGCAGAUAUUACGAAAAAAUCACUUCUGGUCUAAGUAUUGAUCAACUUAUCGAAAGUAUGAAAUCACUAAAACUGAAUGUUGCAUGCGAGAAGAAUAUAAUUAAUCAAGGUAUAGAUGGCGCUCUUUUAAUAGACAUGUCAAUGAAGUUAAUCCAAGAAUCUCUGGAGGUCUCCGAGCUAGAUGCGCUCAAGAUAUACAAAUUUGCACACAAAGGAUGGAAGCCAUUAUAUUCUCAAACCAGCGUCGAAAAUAGGAAAGAAGAUAUUUAAGAAAAAAAUUUAAAUUGUAUGAAAAUAAGCCCUGCGCUUUAGCAAAAUGAUGAUGAAGCAGAUGAUGUUAAUGGACAGUUCUACUAACGUUACCCCUAUAAGUCGUAUGACGGUCAUAACGACCGUUGCACGACGAAUUCAACUCCGUUCUCUGUGAUCGGUAGGCGACACGAAGCCGUCUGCCCAUUGUAGGUGGCAGUCUAAACGGAUCGUCAGUGAAAACGACCCGUUGUGCGCGCGUCGUCACGUUGCGUUGU